AUGGCGCCACUCUCAGAAUUGGACUCCCUGCAACGAACACUCAAUCAGGCUAUAGAUUCUCUACGCGAUGAGCUGAACAGACAAUCUUUACCGGAGCUUACCUCGAAAGCUCAUCGGCAUCCGAUGGAUGACUACGCGUUUCUCUGUUCGCCUCGUUUGUACGAGGCCCGCAGGCUUACUCUAGCGGCUAUCGGCGAAAUCAAGAACCUUGUCCAGUUCCCCUUCGAGAAAGUCGUUGAGCAGGCUUGCGCCGUCUACGACACCGCAUGUCUUGACAUCCUUGUGAAGACUGGUCUCGUCGACAAACUUGCCGAACCCUCAGUUCUUAAUGAUGGCAUGGAUGUGCACGACUUGCAGGAGGCUCUCGAUAUGGACGCCAUCAAGCUCACGGUCGUGUUGCGCGAUCUAUCUUCGCAAGGCUGGCUUCGCGAGCGGAGGGAAGGGACGUUUGCGCUAGCACGCCCUGCUUUGGAACUGAUCGGAACUUCAGCGGGACGUAUGUGGGCACUGAAUACCGGCAGACCCCUCGUUGCUCAGGCUCUCAUGGAUCAACUUACGCACCCAGAAUGGAAGUAUUCGCAUCGCGCCAACCACAGUGCCUUCCAACUCUCGCACAAGACCGACUUGGCUAUCUUCGACUGGAUGAAACUGCAUCCGGACAGGGCAUCCCAACUGUCGAAGACGAUUCAGGCUGUUGGAGAUGCGUAUCGCGUGGCAACUGUGAACGACUUCCCCUGGAAAAAGUUAGAAGGACGUACCUUUGUCGAUUGCGCUGGUGGACAGGGUAAUCUAUCCAUUAUCCUUUCCGAAAUCCUUCCACAGAGCCAAUUCAUUGUUCAAGAUCUACCCGAGGUCAUCGCUACCGCGCGCGAGAACAUCGCGCGGACAGCCCCCGCGGCCGCUCAAUCGGCACGGAUCAUUGCCGAGGUAGCCAAUAUUUUCGACGUCCAACCUCGUCGCGGGGAAGGAUUCGUCUAUCUUUUGCGCCUUACCUUGCAUAACUGGUCGGAUGAGGCAUGCAUAUCGAUCUUGAAGAAUAUCGCGUCCGUUAUGUCACCGACUUCCAAACUCAUCCUACUGGAAGUCGUAGCGCAGCCGAAUACUCUGCUUCUCGGACCUGGUCCUGCUCCUGGUGUAAGUUGCGAGCCGGCCGUAACCCUGGACACUCUCAUUGGCGAGGAAACGUAUCGUCCGAUCACCUCGCCAGAGUACAUUCCGACGAACUUCGGUGCUGCCGCAAGGACAUCUCUUACGCUUGAUAUCCAGAUGAUGGCACUGUUCAAUGCUCAGGAGCGAACUCAGCGAGAGUGGACUGUUCUCGCCAAUUCAGCCGGCCUUCAUGUCGUAGACGUGCAUGCGUUCCGAGGCACAGUCUCUGCUCUAGAGUGCGAACUCAGUAGACCCUGA